CGGCCGGCUGCUCGCGGUCCAGGCAGCUGGCGGCGGGCGCGACGCUCCGGCAAAGCGAGCCCGGCACCGCGCCCGCUCCGCGCAGUCUGCGCGCCCGGCCGCGGGACGAUGGCGCGGGCGGGGGGGCUCUGUCUGGCCGCCUGCGGUCUCGCCUGGUUCCUCGUCUGCUACGCGGCCCGCCGGGACCUCUCAGGCAAUGAUGUUUUUACCAUUCGCCAUGACACACUGAACAAGUGUAUACAAGUUAAAAACUCACGGAUAGUGAUAGCUGACUGCGAGGAGACAAGUGAAGCUUUAUGGAAAUGGGUAUCCCAGAAUCGCCUCUUUCAUUUGGGGUCCAAGCAGUGCCUGGGACUUGAUAUAUUCACCACAUCACUCUCUCGCCUGAAAAUGGUUGAUUGUAACUCGAAACUAAUGCUGUGGUGGCGAUGUGCUGAUGCGUCCAUCCUUGGUGCAUCUCAGUACAAAGUGACUAUCAAGAGUACCUAUGUAACCGCCAGCAUAAAUGCAACAGACCAGUGGAGAAGCAACAGUUCCUCCGAUGAUAUAUGUCGGUAUCCUUACCAUGAGGUGUAUACCAAAGAUGGGAACUCCUAUGGAAAACCCUGUGAGUUCCCCUUUCUGUAUAACGAGACGUGGCAUCAUGACUGCAUUCAGGAUGAAAUGCAUACGGGUGGGAAAUGGUGCUCCACAUCUGAAGAUUAUACUCGUGAUGGCAAAUGGGGAAUCUGCUUACAACCAGAGGAUGGUUGUCAUGAUAUCUGGGAACAUGAUCCAGGGUCUGAAAGUUGCUACCAGUUUAAUACACAAUCUGCUCUUUCUUGGAAGGAAGCUUAUAUUUCAUGUCAAAGGCAAGGGGGAGAUUUACUUAGCAUCCAAAAUGCAUCUGAAUUAAGUUACAUACAAGCUAAGGAAGACAUUGCUGAGAUCUUUUGGAUUGGCUUAAAUCAACUGGACGUUUCUGGAGGCUGGCAGUGGUCAGAUCACAAACCUUUGAAUUUUCUCAACUGGCAUCCAGAUAUGCAGAAUCUGUCUCCGCUGGAUGGGACUAGCUGUGUGGUGAUGAAUGCCGCUUCAGGGCAGUGGCAGAGUUACCAUUGUGGGGCUCCACUUCCAUAUAUUUGUAAGAAGUCACUCAAAGAAGUAUCAAGUCUCCCAGAGUUUUGGACACACUUGGACACUCACUGUGAUUCGGGCUGGCUUCCCCAUAAUGGUUUUUGCUACAUGUUGGUGAACAACCAGGCACCUUGGAGUACGGCAGAUGAGUUGUGCAAAGCAAAUAAGAGUAACCUCAUCAGCCUACACUCAUUAGCAGAUGUCGAACUGGUUCUUACAAAGCUUCACAGUGAUGCUAAAGAAGAAACGUGGAUGGGUCUCAGAAAUGAUGAUGUACCAACCUUGUUCAAAUGGUCAGAUCACUCAGCUGUGGUUUUUACAUAUUGGGAUCAGAACGAACCAAAAGUUCCUUUUAACAGCACUCCUAACUGUGUGUCGUAUUCAGGCGAGUUGGGACAGUGGAGAGUCAGAUCCUGUGAAGAAAAGUUGAAAUAUGUGUGCAAGAAAAAAGGACAUAUUUUGAAUGAAACAAAAUCAGAUAAAAAUUGUUCAUUGUCAGAGGGAUGGGAGAGACAUGGCAACUACUGUUACAAGGUUGAUAAAACGGAAGUUUCAUUUGGAGCAAAGUGCAAUCUUACAGUGAUGAACAGAUUUGAGCAAGAGUUUAUAAACACUCUAAUUAGAAAACACACCAAAGUUGAAGAAAAAUACUUCUGGACCGGUUUGCAGGAUAUUAGCCAGUCAGGAAUAUAUUCCUGGGGUACAGUGGAUGGGGAAAAAACUGAAGCUGUGACAUACACUAACUGGAAUUCCUUGCAACCAGAGUUUUCAGGAGGAUGUGUGGCUAUGCCCAGUGGAAAGUCUCUUGGAAAGUGGGAAACUAAGGACUGUAAAACCACUAAAGCGUUUUCUGUCUGCAAAAAUUAUAUUGGGCUGCCCAAGGAGCCAGAAGUGCUGCCAAAACCAACAGAUCCCUGUCCCCCUGGGUGGCACAAUGGAUCUGGCCUCGCCUGCUACAAGUUCUUCCACAGUGAAAGAGUGCUGCGAACCAGGACCUGGGAAGAGGCAGAAAGAUUCUGCGAGGCUCUCGGAGGCCAUCUGCCUAGUUUUAGUCACUCAGAAGAAAUCAAGGCACUUCAUUCCAUACUGAGAAAAAUAAUCAGCAAUGACAGAUGGGUAUGGAUUGGAAUGAAUAAGAGGAGUCCAGAUUCUUUGGGAACCUGGCAGUGGAGUGAUGAUAAACCUGUAACUAGUGUUAUGCCACUUGAUUAUCUGGAAGAUGAAUAUGACACAAGAGACUGCGCUGCAUUAAAGACCUCUCAGUUUUCACGGAGAUCAUUUUGGAGAUUUUAUUUCCAUGAAGGCAGAGACCUGGAAUUUUACUUCAAGCCUUUUGAUUGUGAAGCUAAACUUGAAUGGGUCUGCCAGAUAACAAAAGGUAGCACUCCAAAGACACCUGAGUGGUAUAUACCAGAUGAAAUUGGAGUUCAUGGACCCCCACUCGUUGUUGACGGAGCAGAGCUGUGGUUUGUACCUGAUAAAAACCUAAGCUUCCAGGAAGCUAUUUUCUACUGUCAAAAAAAUGAUAGUGAUUUAGCCUCUGUGGAGUCUUACCUCAAACUCAGGACAAUACUAUCUCAAAUAGAAAAGUUAUCAAACAGUGAACAGAAGUGGUGGCUGAAGUUUAUUGAUUAUGGCUACAGCUAUCAUUCACCUUUACAGUUAUUUCCACGCUUUAAUGAUCGAUUCCUGAGGGAUUGCUGGUAUGUUUCUAGAAAGAACUGGUACAGAGAUUACCCAGUUAACUGUAACGUGAAACUGCCCUUCAUCUGUGAAAAAAAUAAUGCCUCCUUGCUAGAGAAACACGAUCCCAGUUAUCGCCCAGUCAGAGGAGGUUGCCCUAAAGGUUGGCAGCAGUUCCGAAACAAGUGUUUUCUAAAGAUGAAACCUGAAUAUUUAACAUUUAAUGCAGCUAAUGAAAAGUGUGUAACUUUUGGAGGCUCUCUUCCAUCUAUCUCAAAUCAAGCUGAGCAAGAUUAUAUAACAUCCUUGCUUCCUGGUAUGCCAAAAGACAUUUGGAUUGGUUUGCAGUUUCUGUUCAGCACAAGGGAAAACAAAUGGAUAGAUGAGAGUAGACUGUUGUAUAGUAACUUUCACCCACUACUGACAGGAAGAUUAAGGAAAAUUCCACUGGACCUCUUUGAUGAAGAAUUUAACAAUCAGUGCGGUGUACUCCUCAAUGAUCCCAAAUCACAGUAUGUUGGAACAUGGAAUUUCACUGCUUGUGCUGACAGGCACUUCUUGGGUAUAUGCCAGCGGCGUAUAGGAACUGCAGAUGACCAGACAGAGCAAGUCCUUAAUGAAACAUUGAGCUAUCAAAAUGUUCAAUACAUGGUAAUUCUGAAGAAUUUGUCCUGGAAUGAUGCAAUGGCCGAAUGCAUCAGUAACAAGAUGCAGCUGGUUAGCAUCACCGAUCAGUUCCAGCAGGCUUUCCUCGCUGUUCAGGCUGCCCUUCAUAAUCACCCACUGUGGAUUGGACUCUUCAGCAGAGAUGGUGGAAAACACUAUGGCUGGCUGGAUGGGAAACACGUUAGUUUCAGUCGCUGGUCUGAAGACGAUGAAGAAACAAGUGAAGAAUGUGUGGUUUUGGAUACUGAUGGCUUCUGGAAAACUUCUGACUGUGCCUCUGAAAAUCGAGGUGCUAUUUGCUACGCAUCAGAAAAGAAGAUUGAAAAAGAACAAGUAACACAAGUGAAGUGCCCACAUAAGAUUAAAAAUACACCCUGGAUAUCAUUUAGAAACAAUUGUUACACUUUUAUGAUAACAAAAAACAGAUGGAGAGAACUGAAGUCUCAGGAAGCUCAUCAUUUAUGCAAGAAAAUGAAUCCAGAUGCAUUUGUACUGAGUGUUCGAGAUGAAGAAGAGAAUAACUUUGUUACUGAGCAGCUUCGUUCAUUCAGUGGUCUGGCUAUGUGGGUCUGGCUGGGUGUGAUUUAUGAUGAUAGUGAUAAAGUUCUCAAGUGGUAUGAUGAAACUCACCUGACUUACAAUAACUGGAGGCUGGGAAGACCUAACGUAAAGAGGAACAGUUUUUUUGCUGGUGUAAAUCUUGAUGGUUUUUGGGAUAUUUAUAAUUAUUCUGAAAGCUGGCAUGCUCAUCACUAUAACGUGUACAGUAUUCUCGCCUGUAAAAUCGAAAGAGGACCCCAACAGCACAAGCCUCCAUUGCCUGAGUUUAUUCCACAUGGAAACAGGACAUACAGGAUCCUUCAGAAAAAGUUAACGUGGUAUGAGGCAUUGAGAGAAUGCAAACAAAAUGAGAGUGAUUUAGCAAGUGUACACAGUGAAUCCCAACAGUUAUUUCUAGAAGAUAUUGUCAAGCAGGAUGGCUAUCCUCUCUGGCUGGGGUUGUCAAUUCAUGAUGGAAGUAAAGCUAAUUUUGAAUGGUCAGAUGGAAGCGACUUUGACUACUACCCUUGGGAAUUAGAAAACUCGAAUACUACUGAGAACUGUGUUCUGUUGGAUACUAAAGGAUCUUGGAACCGUACAAAAUGUACAAAUGUUGCUGAAGGUGCCAUUUGCUAUAGCCCUCCAAACAAGAGAAAAUUACAGUCAAAGCAAGUGAGCAGAGCCCCUGGAUGCCCUCAGAUUAGUGGUUCCCUACAAUGGCUACAGUAUAAGGAUCACUGUUAUGCAUUCGACAUGGCAUUCUACAACUUUUCAGUAUAUAAUGUGGAAGAAGCUAAAAAAGUGUGCCAGAAACUGAGUCCUUCAGCAACCCUUCUGACAAUAGUGGAUGCUGAAGAAAAUGCAUUUGUGAGCACACACAUAAAGGAAAAUGAUCUCAUCACCAAGAACGUAUGGCUUGGUCUUGCUCAGGGCUCUAAGGAUCAGUCCCUGAACUGGCUUGAUGGCUCAUCAGUUGAUUACGUCAACUGGGAAAAUAAAACUGCAGAAGUCAAUGAAAAAUGCAGUGUUAUCCUGUCCACAACUGGCACAUGGUCCCAAGUUGACUGCAGUCGUAGUCAAAGCAGAGUGGUUUGUAAAGCUCCUUUAGGUUCUAAUCAUACUGGGGUGGCUGUAGCAUUUGCCCUGCUAAUUAUCUUGGUCUUAGUUGCUGGAUUAGUGUGGUAUCUCUUCAAGAAGAAGCGUCUUCACUGGAGUGCCUUCUCUUCAGUACGCUACCAAAGAGGGCUGAAUGAUGAUGAAACUGAUGAUGUGUUCACAAAAGAUAGCUUUUGAGAAACUGUUCCUUCUGGGUGAUUUAGCAUGAACUUCACUGUGUGAAGCCAAAAGGAAUGAACUACUUGACGCUUUAUUACUUCUUUUUGGAAAAGUAAUAAGAAGGCUAUUAAUGGGGGCUAAGUUUUGUUCUUUUAUACAAGUGCAAUUUUUAUUCAAGUCCAUGGUAAUUAUUUACAUUUGGCCUAAACCAUUUAAGGUGCAUGGUUUCUAGAAUUCUAGGAGGUUUUUAAAAUUUACAGUAUUUUCUCUUACCAGAAAGAGUUUUUAAUGGAAUAAUUAAUGCCAACAGUACUUCAUGCAACAUUGCCUUUAAUGAAUGCACUUAAAAUUGCUACAUGAAUUCUGUAACUUCAUACAAUUAUCCAUCAAUAAUUUUAUGCCAAAUUAUGUACCAUUCUACAGUUUUCAAGGGCUCUGCUGGUAGCAUUGGGUUAUCCUGUAGAAGCUAACACAAAGAUGGGAAAUGGGAGACAAACUGUCUUUGUGUAGCAACUUUUACAAUAUGUAGUUAUAACUUUUGAUAUAGCAGGGGAGAAGGGAAUUACCAGACAAGUAAGAAUUCCCAUCCAACUAGAUUUUAAAUUUUCUUGUUAUAGUGGAAGAAGAUCAUAUUGUGAUUUCUCCCCUACCGCCCCCUGCCAAAAAUCACACCAAAAAAUGAUGUUGUAGUGGUGAGAGAAGAAUUCCUCAUUCCUUAGAAUGCAGAAUGUACCUUUUGAUCAGAGAGUUAUGGGGAAUACCCUGCAUUAUAGCCAUACCAGCUAGGAGUAAAUUAAAUAAACAUAGAAUAUUUGAAGCCUGAAAUGGUGGCAAGCUGAUAGAUCGCUACUCUUAUCCCCUGGAGGUAGUAGUGAGACUAACAAAAAUACCCAUUAAGGGCUAACUGCAAACACAAGCAGAACUCCACAUAUAUUAAAAGCCUGAGCCCUAUAAAAGUGGUAAAUGGUUCAGUUUCUUUUCACAGCUGCUUUCACAAAGUUUUGAAAGCACAAGUAGCAGGAAUGUUUACGAUGAAAAUCAGUAUCUGGACAUAACCAUUAAUUAAAUAUUAGAAACCUGCAGUUAGAGUAGUAUUUAGAGAAAUAUGUACCACGUUCUGUCUUAUGCUUUCAAACUGCCCUGAAAUUAGACCCAAGUGAUUUUCUCCUAGAUCAAAACACAUGGUCUGUCACACUGUGAUACCCAGGGACAGGAGUGUUGCAGCGACAGUAUUCUUCUGUAAUGAGAUCCUCCUGACCUUUACUUCCCCUACUACUCUUAUUUAUACAAGGGUUAAAUGCCCAACUUUAUAGGUGAAAUAUGUCAUCUGUCCAAGAAACAAGACAAAGAUAUACCUAAGAAAAGAGUGAGAAAGAAUGUAUGUUAAAUAAUCUUGUGUACAUAAAUGCUAAAAAUACUUGAGUAUUUUGCAUAAAAUUUAAACUUGAUUUUUGUAUGUGAUGUGUCACUGUGGUCUUUUCUAUGCACUCCAAAGAAAGCAAGUUAUAAAGGGAAAAAGGGAAGACAGAAUUGUAUAUAUUAAUUACUCCAAUGAUGUGAUCAAUUAACAUUUUGAAAAAAAGUCUUUAGACUGCUUUAAUGCACAGUACAAAGAACAGGCACAUUUGCCUUUAUGAAGGAGGAUAUUUAAAAGACCACAUCCAUUCCUCAUGUAAUGGUGGUACGUAGUAAAACAAAAUACAUUUAGUCUGAGAUGCUGAGAAAAGUACUACUGAUUUCUCUGAAGCAACAGUGUGAGGUUGUGAUGUUCAACCACCUUUUUCCCCACUGCAGUUUACUUACAUUGACAGCACUUUUCUUUGUUCCUGUUUGCACUAUUUUGAUAAGCAAGUGUUUAUCAUUUGUAUUGAGAAAUAGAGAAUUUCUUGUAGAUAGCGCUUUAGAGGCCAUUAAAACAGUAGCCUGAAGGGACACAGUAAAUUAACCAUUGAGUUAGUUUGCUGAGCAAAGCAGUGAGCACUUCUGGUGUUUAUUUGGUUCUGUGGGCACAGUUCUGCACAUUUCCUUUCUUGGGGCAACUUGUAGAAAACAUAGUUAUGAUGAUGCUAGUUACUAUGUAAUGAAAAUAACCCUCAUCCUGCUUCUUAAACUUACCUUGGCAUGAGAAGUGUUUGACAUGUCACCAAGCCUGGUUUCUGUCAUCUUCUGGUUUAGUUUAUAUGCCUAAGUGCUUUGCCAAAUGCCUCCUAAUUUAACAGACUUUAAAAAAAAGUGUUCCUUAUUGUCCUUUUCUAACAACAAGCGGGGGAAAUUAUUUACAAAUUCUUAUGCUUUGAGAUUUACUAGUUUUAUAGAUGUUUAUACUUUGAGCAUUUUUAGGUGUGAAUCUGGAAUGAAAAAUGGAAAUUAGUAGUAAAAUCCUAACUCUCCAAGACACAAGUAUAUGCUUUUUAUAUUUAAAAAAAAUGUAUAUUUUAUUCUUAUGAAUGAUGUAAAUAAUUUUAAGACCCUAUUUGUCAUGUUUGUUUCAUCAUACCCAGGUUGUCUUAUUGCUGGUGAUUCUUAUUGGAGUAAGCACAACUGCCUCAGUGCAGGUGAAUAACCCACUUUAUUUGAAAUACAUAGAUUAUUUAGCAGUAUUUCAUUGAAAGAAUAAAAUUAAAUAAAACACUAAA